CCGGAAGCAGCGUCGUUACUGGUCACCGACUGUCAGUCAGCCCGUUGUUAGAGCGAUAUGUUGCUGCUGUUGCGGGCACGGCCGCGUUAAAACUGCACAUUAUCUCAAACGGGACUUCAAGAUGUAUUAAGACGGCGUUCCCACCACAAUAAAUUAACAGUAUUAAGGUGUCAGCCUCCACGCCAGGCUUCAUAUGUACAUUAUCCUGAAUGCUGCUCCAGGAGGUGAACAAUAAAUCAUGUUCUUGUGAGGAGAGAAAAUAAAAGUGCAGGAUGCAGUCUUCAAACCACCGGCUGCGGGAUAUGGAGCAGCACCACCCGCUGCUGUCGGCAGGUGCAGAUGUGGAGGCAGGGAGUCUGGCAGCUGGGGUGAUGGUUGGGGGUCCCCACACUGGCCCCGCCGGGGGGAACCGUACACUGUGGUUCAUCCAGGACAGCUGUGGGAUGGUGUGUGCAGGCAUGACCUGGUUCCUGGUGCUGUACGCUGAAUUUGUGGUGAACUUUGUCAUGUUGCUGCCCAGCAAGAACUUCUGGUACUCGCUGCUGAACGGCGCCACCUUCAACUCCCUGGCUGUGCUCGCCUUGGCCUCACAUCUGCGCACCAUGUUGACAGACCCGGGUGCGGUUCCUAAGGGCAACGCCACCAAGGAGUACAUGGAGAGCUUACAGCUGAAGCCUGGCGAGGUCAUCUACAAGUGCCCAAAGUGUUGCAGCAUCAAGCCUGAGAGGGCACACCACUGCAGUAUUUGUAAAAGAUGUAUCCGGAAGAUGGAUCACCACUGUCCCUGGGUCAAUAACUGCGUGGGAGAAAAGAAUCAGAGAUUCUUUGUACUUUUCACUAUGUACAUAUCAUUGAUUUCUGCCCAUGCCCUGGGCCUCAGUGGGAUGCACUUCUUCACCUGUAUUAAAGUCCAGUGGAACGAGUGCAGUUCCUUCUCUCCAGGGGCGUCUGUGCUUCUGCUGAUCUUCCUCUGCCUCGAAGCAAUCCUCUUCCUCACUUUUACUGCUGUGAUGUUUGGAACGCAGCUCCACUCCAUCUGCAACGACGAGACGAGGCGUUUGAAUGUCUUGCAGGAGAUUGAACGUCUUAAAAAUGAGAAGCCCACGUGGGAGCGUCGCAUGAGAUGGGACGGGAUGCGAGCUGUGUUUGGGGGGUCGCCCUCCCUGCUGUGGUGCAAUCCUUUCACAGGCCUGCGUCUGAGGCGCCUUUUGCUGUUGACCUACGGCCGCCGCGGCGGGUCUGAGUUCUCUGUCUGAGAGCAGCGCAGACUGAGCUCACUAACACCGUCUCUCAAGCAAGAUUUGUUGCCUUCAACAGCCAUGGCUAGGAUGGACCUUUGCUCCCGGAGGCUGUAUUUUGUUGGUGAAAGGGAGACGUGCUGCUCCUCCAGUGGGACCCCGGUCAUUCACAAACCAUGACUGAAAGUUUGUAUUAUCACUCUAACAUGCUGAUGUGUAACCAAAUCCUUGGGUCUGCACGAGUAUUCUGAACAACUGGAAUAUUGUUUCUACCAUGAGCAAAAGUUUUGGUUUGUUUUUAGGUAAAGCAUGCAGUAUGUACCUCAAGUGAGUCUUUUAUUCCUUGUGAGACAUCCAAGGUGAACUCAACUCAUGCACCCUCAGUACACGACUUCAGCAGCUUUUUUUUUUGCAGUGCACAUAAGAUUCAAGAUUAGUGUUUGAAUCGGCAACAUAUCUUUCAUCAUCACUGGAUGCAGACAAGUGGAUAUCAAUGGGGAAAUGUUUGAAACCCUUCUAGUGGACCCAGACAAGGGAAUCAAAGUCAAGGACAUUCAAAAACAUGAGAAAUACUCGAUGUGGAGCACAGUGGACAUCAGAAAUUGAACUGUGCUGCCUUGAUUUGCAUGUAAAACAGCUCAAUCAGUCAGCAUCUCAGCCAGGAAAUGAGACUUUCACUCUCUUCAACUCAAUGAACAGGCUACUCUAAACACAAGCCUCAUUCUUAUUCAAGACUGAAUGGCUUCUCCUGUCUGGUUUGUUUUAUUCAUUGGAAAGGAAUUGUUGCUUCUCAUGCCUGUAGAAAAAAAAAGAAGUUAAUUUCUUUUAAAAAGGCUGAUUUUCCAUUUCUUCAUUUCAGUACAGUGAACACAUCAGUUGUUGAUCAUCGUGACAAUCUGAAUCUUCAUUCGGACAGAAAUCAAAGUUUUGUUAACUGUCAGUGAAACCCCCCAGACCACUGCAAUGCCUGCCUGUGUUUUUAUAAAGACGUGAUUCAGUUUGAUCCACGUUGGCUGCUGAAAAGACUAAAUGUCAUGACGUUUUAAUUGUUUUGCUAAUACAUAGUUUUUUCUAAACUCUGAAAGCUACUUCUGUGUAAAGUAGAAAAACUUCAUAGCAUUUAAACUCUGAAAAACAGCAUUACACACCAUCGAGACGGGGCCAAGAUACAGAAAACGUGGCGUUGCAUGCUACUUGGUCACUGUGUUGUCCGACAUUAAGAGAAGGAGAACGUAAAUCACUAGCACAGCCUCCUUUGGCUCUUUGUGAGCUCACUCUGAUUUGCAGAGCCAGGCUCCUUUGUGCAGUCAGCCAGUGUUAGAAAGGAUUUUACUGAAAGAAUCUGAGGCACCAGGCUCAUUGUCCGAGCUCUAACACUGAACAAAGUCUGGCGGAGCUCAGCAGAUGCUUGCAAGGACUUUCCCGCUACACUCCAGAAAUAUCUGGCCUGUACAUCGGACAGUAGAAGAAAUACUCCCAAUUGUUAUUAGAACACUUAUCCAUGGUUUUAAAAGCAUACAGUAAUGUGAGUGUGUCCGCUUGAAAGCUUUCGUCAUUAUUGCCAUAUUCAUGAACGUCUUUUCAUUUUGUGACAAACAAUUUGUAAUUCUGCAUUACUAAUGGGCCUGUUUGCACUGGAUGAAUGUGUCUUUUUGAAUCUAGACUCCAGGCUCCCGUUGAUUGGCUGGUGUUGUGGUGUCACAUACAGAUUCUCAAAGUCUCAUUUUUUAUGGCAUGUUGGACAAAACCCUGCUGUUUGUUCUGACCUGUGGUUGUCAGGAGAAGGAACUCCACUGUUUACACUAAAUUGUGAUAUCUGAUGUGCUAUGGCGUCUAUGUUUUAAGCAAUGUGCUGUCAUUAGAAUGUAAAACAUAUCUAUUUUGGGACUAAGGGACACAGCACUGAAGCUAAACGAUAUCAGGGGAUGUGAUUAACGCUGGCCUCUCAGUUUUUGCAUCACCUCAGCAACAGCUUUCCAAUUAAAUGUUGGGGGAAAUAUCACUUUUCUUUUCAUGUCAUACUUUUUCAGCAUAGUUCAUUCAGUAAGUCUCUUAUCCUAACAUGCUCAAUACAUUGUAUGAUUAUCAGGUGCAAAAAAUAAGGAAGUUUCUGCCAAACAUACAGCAUAUCCAUAAAUAUACACAUGUGAAACUGCAAUGAACAGGAAAAGCUGUCAUGCUGUUUACUUUGCCAGAUGCACAGUGUAAUCAAGCAACAGUUGUUAUUAGUUGUAGGUAUUGAUGGCAAACAUGACAUCCAUAAGAAGAGCAUAAUACAACACAUGACAUUGGAAUAUGAUUCAAUAUCUGAAGCAGGACUUGAGGUAACAGAGGCGAGACUAAUACACUGUUAAACUUUUAAUGAUAUGUGUAGGAAGUAGCAGAACAUCAGCGCUAAUGAUGGAUUGUGUUGGCUGUGUAUGAAUAUUUGAUGUUGACUGGUUAAAUGUGGGUAAGCUUGGUUGAUCUAUAAAAGUAUUUCACAAUAGGAUGGUCCUGUUUCAUGGCUGAACUCAGAUGCUGUAAUUAUAAAAUCUUUAAUGGGUGUCACCUUACAGGGUAUGUAGUUUUACAUUCAAUCAAGACUUUUUAAAUUCUGGUAAAUGUAUUUUCUCCUCCUUCUGCUGUUUGACUCAUUGAAAUACAAUCAACAUGUGGAGUGGGGUUUUUUCGACAAUGUACAAAAAUAUGAAACUGAUGACACAAUCCUGUCAAUGGUGUUACUAACUCUAGUUUGCCGUAGAUUUGCGCAGAAAAUGUGGAACUUUUGUCAUUGAAUAUUCUUAACAUGAUGUUCAAUCACAGAAUUAUCAUUUAAAUUGCCAUGAACAGUUGAGAAAGAUGAUGUUUCCUACUUUCCGGGGAGAAGGUAUCCUCAAGAACAAAAAUCCUUCAGCUUUAUAAACAGAGUAUAAAGGUUACUAUUAACAAUAUAUAAAUGGAAUGUUUUACUCAAGUUUUUUUUUUAUUAAUGUGUCAUAAUCUUUAAUGUCUUAUAUCUUUAAUGUCAUUCUUUUACAUAAUAAACUUGAUUAAAUUAAAGCUA